CCAAAUAAAUAAAUAAAUAAACACACAAAUGGGCGUGCCCCCCCAAAAAAGCCUAAUUGUCUCCAUUUGAUAGUUAAAAAAUAUGAAAUGUGGAAAUUCCCAAGGCUAAUAGGUGGUUGCACAUUUUCUAGAACCCAGGACUCUCCACUGCUCUUCCCACCAGAUGACCUAAAUGGUUUAUUUUACAGAGGUUGCAUGCUUGGUAUAUGCAGUGCAGUAUGCAAGGAAUCGUGGGCCUCAAAAAGGCUAGUCAGAUACCCUGUGCUUGGGAUGCUGACCCCAGAUAGGGGUGUGAGACUGGUACACAGCCGUGACACAAGGCAGAGAGGGGUCAAGGCCACCAGUGGCUUUACCAAAGAGCUGCAGGAUCUCUGAGGAUUAGGAAAUGUUCCCCACUUCCAUAGGACCUCCCAUAGGACCAGGGAAGGCUUCAUAAAGGAGGUGCCAUCAGAAGCAGGGCAUUCCAGGCAAAGAGAAGGAAUCAAGACCCAGGGGUGGAAGCACGUAGUGUGCGUGAGGAAGCCAUGGCUGGAACAAAGGCUGUGCAUGGAGCAGAAAUAAUUCAGUACUGCCUCUCACUAUAUGCCAGGCCGGUGCUAAACGACUCAUUUCACAGUACGGACUCAGUCCCAUGGUAGACAGAUUUCGGAGGGAAUAUAACUUAACCAGCAAGUAGGUGGGGAGGAGCGGGUGGAGGAGAAUAAGGGCUGGGGGAAGAUUGGUGUGAGGUCAGUGGGCUGAGCCACGAGCUAAGAUGUUUUGAUGUUAAUAUGCAAAAGAAUCACGGUAGAGGAUGUCCCCCAGGGACUUCCCUGGCGGUCCGGUGGUUAAGGGUCCCCGUUCCCACUGCAGGGGGGCACAGAUUGGGUCCCCGGUUGGGGAACUAAGAUCCUGCAUAUGCUGUGCAGCUCGGCCAAGAAAAUAAAGGCCGAUUAGGAAAAUGAAUAAAAUUUACGGCCAAAAAAAAGGUCUCCCAGCUCUCUGCUCCUUAGUUCCUUUCUCCCACCCCCAGUUUUUUCUCUCUGCCUCAUCCUUCCCCUCUCUUCCUUCAGUCUCCCUGCCCAGCCCAAUGCUCACCCUCGGCAACGGGGACAAGCAGGACCAAAGACAAAAUGAAGGCAAAAUGCAGACUGACAAGAUGCAGCGACUGUGUGCGUAUGUGCUGAUCUUGGUGCUGGCUCUGGCCACCUUCUCUGAAGCUACCUGGAAGCCCCGCUCCCACCUGCAAGAUGCACCCUUGGGUCCAGGGGCCAAUAGGGACCAGGAGCCACAUGGGCUGGGCCGGCUGGGCCCAGCCUCUCACCACCGAAGGCAGCUGGGGCUCCAGGGUCCCUCACACUUGGUAGCAGACCUGUCCAAGAAGCAGGGACCAUGGGUGGAAGAAGAAGAAGAAGCAUAUGGCUGGAUGGACUUCGGCCGCCGCAGUGCCGAGGAAGGGGACCUAGGUCCCUAGAGCCAAGCUUGAGAGCCCAGCCACCUCCCAGCCCAGCCUAGCCCAGCCCCAUGAAACAUAAAUCGAAAUAAACUAGCUUCCAAUG